UUGCCGGGUAACAACAACAACAAAAAAAGUAACGGUUUUAAAUCAUUUGAAUUGCCGGGUAAAAACAACAACAAAAAAAAAUAAAAUUUGAAGCAUAAAGUUUCAUAGGAAUUAAAUAAAUUAAGUGGAAAAUCGAUAGUUAUAGUGAUGAAUAAUAACGAGACUGAAGUGAACUUUUUUCUACCUAAUGCACCGAACAAAACAGGCUCAGGAAAUGUGUCUCCUUAUAAAAUAUUUGUGGUAAUAUUAUUGAAAGAAUAUUUAAGGAAAAGAUCAGAAGAUGAAGAACUGGAUGAUAAUGAUGAUAAAAAUCUAACAUCGUCAAUGCAUUAUUCAGCUGAAUAUCGUCGUAAAUUCUACAUGACACUACUCAAAUUAACACAAUUUUCGGAUAUGAGCUAUAAAGAUUUGUAUAAUUUAUUGACUGGAAAAUAUCGAAUUUCUGAUGUACAUCUCGCUGGAUUUGAAGGCACAAUCAGCUUGUUAAACAAAUUAGGUAUUGAAAUACUGUUCAAAUUAUCAAAAAUCAUGGAUGAAUUAAUUACCGAUACACAAACAAGGAACAAUACACCUUUAAUUCAUCAAUCAAGUGUGAUGGGAUUCUAUUUCCGACGAAUUCUCGUAUACCUUGACAAAAUGUCUUUUCAAGAUCUAAUGAAUCUGCACAAAGAGACUGUAAUUUAUUACGAGAAAGGAAUUAGAGCCAUUUCAUUAGGAGAUACCAAUAUCCAACAACAAAUCGAUGAAGAAAGCUUGCCCAAGCAUAAAUGGAACAUUAAACAGGCAGAAAUAUUCAUAACACAACAGAGUGCAUUGUUAGAGAAUGAUGAAGUGAAGGCACUCAAUCCAAAGAAGUUACAAAAGAAAAUUGAUGAAAUUGUGCAGACUUACACGCCACUUUAUUCUAAAGCAUACUUCUUAUCAUAUUUAAAUAACGUGAGAUUAAGAGACUUGCCUAAUUCAAUAGAGGCACUUCAUCGUUCAUUUGACAGAGUCAAUGGAAAGCCAGGAUGGGAAAAUCAAGAUAAUAAGUCACACUUUCAGUAUUCAUUGUUAAAUCUAGCAAUUCUUCAUACAAUGUUUGAGCAAAAUGAAGAAGCUAUGACAUGUUUAAAGGAAUGUAUCAUGGUUGCACAAGAGAAUGGCGAUCGAGUUUGUCUACAACUAGCUCAAUUGUGGCUAUCUCUAUUGGAUAAAAAGAACUUUCAAUUGUGUGAGAAAAAUAUUGCAAAUAAGACGGAACAGACACUUGUAAGAUCAGUUUCACUAAAUAUCCAGUCACUCGUUAAAGUCGCAGCAUUAUCUGGAUAUUUGCCUUCAAAACUAUUUGACGUUCUUAUAAAAAGUGAUAUUCUUAAUUGUCAGCAUUCCUUAAUGAACUUGAUAUCAAAUUGUAUGGCUGAGCGUGCAGCACUUUGGAAUCUUUAUGGAUGGCAUGAAAUUGGAUCAUUAUGUAGUCAACUGUUGCUCAAUUCCAAUUUAAAAGUUAUGGAAAGAACAUAUAAUGGCGAAGGAUUCUGUCAAGCACUUUGCAAUGUUUCUUUGUGGCUUGCAAUGCAAGGUGAUUUUAUAACAAGCUCAUUAAUAACAACGAGAGUAAAGGAACGAUUCCAAAGAUAUCCGAUAUCUAAAAAUUGGAUGCUCGUCGAGUAUUACGUCAAUUCAAUUCAAACAAUUUAUUUAGAGAAAUGGAGUGAUGCAGCAACAGCAUGUGACCAUAUUUAUCAUAUUGAUCCAAAUUUGAGUGUUUUGCAGCGGGCAAAUUUGAAUAUUGCAAGAGGAAAUCGAUCCGUUGCUCUUAAUCUUUUGGACAUCCUUCUUGCUAAUGAUGGUGAUGACGAGAAACUACAGACACUUUAUAAAGUUCGAGCGAUGAUUAUUCAAGCAUUCUGCAUGUCUGAUUCUAAUUCUAUAUCAUCGGAAUCCCUUUUGAUUUUAAAUCGAGCAGCAGUGCUCGCACAAGAAAAGUUUUUAAAUUACGAAUAUUCAAUUAUCAACAUGCACAUUAGCUAUAUUCUAUUAAGCAUGAAUAUGCCACAAGAAGCACUUAAAGUUAUUAAAGCUAAUAUCGAGAAUAUUUUAUCAAAUGGUGGAAUUUAUGACAAAGGAAAGGCAAUGUUUCUGUUCAAUCAGUGCCUAAUUGCGUCCAUAUCAACAAAAGAAGAGAAAAUUGGUAAAGUCAAGGAGUUGAAGGAACAAUUUGAGCUGUCUAUAACAUAUUUCACAAAAUUAGAGUGUUGGCGUAAAGUUAAAGCCGUUUACAUGUACUUGGCUAGAUUAUACAACGAUUUAGGAAUGGUUGAGGAACGAAAUCAAUAUGCCUACAAAUUUCGCUUAAUUGUAGAGGAGCAUACAAACAGUUCCAAUGAGAAUAUCAAUAUAUUCUACUGAAUUAAGACAGACAUCGAGCAAGCAACUGAACCGAAUAGUGAAUGUAUGUAAAUAGAAAAGGAAAGGACACGAAAGGAGGAGUAAUUACAACCAAUUUAUACUUACUUUUGGUGAAAAUCCAACCUUUGUGACUGCAUAUUUGUGACCCAAGAAGGGAGAGUUCAGGGCUUCUUCAAAUCCAGAUCCAGAGAUCCAUUUAAACAACCUUACUGUCUUAUCACUAUAUCCAACAUUAUUAUUUUAAUUAUGUUAUUGAAUUAAAGAAAUUAAGAGAUUACGUGUAUUAAAAAGUGCUUUUAUGUCCUACCUAGAUCCAGUAACGAGUAAUGAAUUUCCAAAGAAAUCCAAACCCGUAACAUCAGAAUGAUGAGCAUCAAUUCGUUGUAAUAAUUUUGGUGCAACAGACAUUAUCCUUUAUUUUAUUAAACUUUUGCAUAUAAUAAUACGAUAAAAAUAGACCAAAAAAUUGGAUUGAGUCACAGCACAACGCAAUUAAAGAUAAAUGAGCUGAUAAGCUUGAAACACGUUAAAUCACUUAUUAUUUCUGGUAUUUUAGGCACUUUAUAUCAACGGCUUACGAUUUGGGAAUAAUUGAAAAUAAUCUUUAAUUAUUCAGCAAAAACUAUGGAAAAAGCAAGCUUUAUGACCAAAAAAAUUUUCUUCCGUCCGCAAGUAAAUUUCCAAAGCAUCUGAACGACUGAAAAUUGAAACACAACACAAGACUUUUUAGUGAAAAAAUUGAGAGAAUUUUCACAUUUUCUCUCUCUCUUUUGGAUUCUCUCCUUGGCUGUGUCACGUUUCUUAUUCAUAAACAUGAAUUUUGUAGAUAUAAAUCCAUGUGAAUGGCAACAAGUGGUUACUUGAAAAAUUAUUUAAGUUAUUUAUUUGUUCUUGUAGGAUA